AUGGCGCAAACAAGUGCAGAAUACACAUGGGCGCCGCCGUCCUACGAUGUCUCAUCAAAUCCAUUGUUAGGUGGCACCGUUCGUUUGACGCCUGAUCCUUCUUUCUCCAAUAAUUUUGUCCGGUCUGCAAAAUGGUGUCCCGAUGGCUCAAUGGCUCUCGCUCACUGUGAAAAUCGCAGCUUUCAGAUGCUCAACUUACCUCCAGAAAUUCUCCACUUAUCAUUAGCUCAGACAGGCGAGUGCCGUUCAUCUCUUUCCUCUAAUCCUGAACUGACGACCAAUACAGAGCAGAUCGCGAACAGAACCUGGACUACCUUGCCUCAAGCAGCGCCAAUCGUUGACUAUGCUUGGUAUCCUCGUGCCACAGUCUUUGACCUUGCUUCGUUCUGCUUUGUUGCAUCUGUACGAGAGUCACCCGUUCGACUGCUGGAUGCAGCAUCCGGUCGUCUUAGAGCGUCAUACAAAAUUGUCGACCAUCGUGAGCGGCAGAUUGCACCACAUAGUCUAGCGUUCAACCUCACCGGACAAAGACUGUACUGUGGCUUUGAUUCUGCCAUCGAAGUAUUCGAUCUUCAAACACCUGGCGAAGGCACCCGUAUACUCACAACACCUUCCCGCAAAAGCAGAGAUGGGCUCAAAGGCAUACUGUCGGCUUUGUCCUUCUGCCCCUCCGGCUCGUUUUUCGCGGCCGGUUCGCUGAGCCCACCUUCGAUCAAUGGUGCUAAUAUCGCGCUGUUCAACGAAGAUGAUGCAGACAAUGGUAAAGCGGUGGGGUGGAUUGGAUUCAGUGAUGCUGCUGUCAGGGCUUCGGUGUCACAGAUCGCGUUCCAUCCAUACAAACCGCACAUCCUUUAUGCUUCCUUUCGCCGUCAUACAAGCAUCUACGCAUGGGACCUCAGAGGUGACACAUUCACGCCAGUACAGGUGUUCGAUCGCUCUGCCUGCGCCUCUGCCACAGGUCUGGCUACCGCGGCACGGAAGAGCGAGGACACAAACCAGCGGUUGAAAUUUGACGUCGAUAUCGGUGGGAAGUGGAUGAGUACGGGCACCCCGGACGGAGAUGUAUGCAUGUUUGACCUCGAUGAGGGCGCACCUCCCGCCGAUUUGCCCAUGGACACUACAGGUGAAAUGCCCACCACGACAAAUACCGUAAUGAACCGUCCGGCUCUAAGGUUCCACGCACAUGAAGACGCAAUCGGCUCUACGUCCUUCCACCCACUACAUCCAUUCCUUCUCUCCGUCUCAGGCUCGCGUCACUUCGAUCAUCUCACUCCUGACUCUCCUUCGGGGACAAGCUCGUCGGGGUCUUCAUGUGAGGAAGACGAAUCUGCGCAAAAGACUCGCGUGGUACGCAAGUCGCGGGCACGAAAACAGCCAGAGACGAAGGACGACUCGAUCCGGUUGUGGGACUUCUCAGGCUCCGUGACAGAUGCUGGGUAACCUGAGCUUUUCAGCCGCCUUUUGAUUUGCGAGUGCUUCGAGCGUAGAUAGAUGCUCCUAUGAUCCAUAGGCGAAAAGAUGAAGAUAUGGGCUAAC